UGUCCCCUCCCUGAUGCCUGUGGGUGGCUCCCCGACCCCACCGCUGACCCCGGGUCUGAGCCCCCAGCCUGCACUCCACGUUGCCUCCCUGCAGAUGCUGCUGCUGCUGCUCCUGGCCGUCUUCUCCCUGGGGAGCUGCAGCUCCGGGAGCCCCACACCUGUCCCCGAGAAUGACCUGCUGGGCAUUGUGGGGGGCCACAACGCCCCCCAGGGGAAGUGGCCAUGGCAGGUCAGCCUGAGGAUCUACAGCUACCACUGGGCGUCCUGGGUGCACAUCUGCGGGGGCUCCCUCAUCCACCCCCAGUGGGUGCUGACCGCCGCCCACUGCAUCUUCGGGAAGGACACUGACCCGUCCACCUACCGGAUCCACGCUGGGGACGUGUAUCUCUACGGUGGCCGGGAGCUGCUGAGUGUCAGCCGGGUCAUCAUCCACCCUGACUACGUGACGGUGGGGCUGGGGGCGGAUGUGGCCCUACUCCAGCUGGCGAGCCCGGUGAUCUGUGCUGCUAAUGUCAAGACGGUCAAGCUCUCCCCCACCUCCCUGAAGCUCACCCCGAAGGACCGGUGCUGGGUGACCGGCUGGGGAGCGGUUGGGAUGUUCGAGUCGCUGCCGCCGCCGUUCCGCCUGCAGCAGGUGAGCGUCCAGGUGGUGGAGAACGCCGUCUGCGAGCAGCAGUACCGCAACGCCUCCCGGCACGUGGGCGACAGGCGGAUCAUCCUGGACGACAUGCUGUGCGCGGGCAGCGAGGGCCGAGACUCCUGCUAUGGUGACUCCGGCGGCCCCCUGGUCUGCAGGGUGCGGGGGUCCUGGCGCCUGGUGGGGGUGGUCAGCUGGGGCUACGGCUGUGCCCUGCGGGACCUCCCCGGCGUCUACGCCCGCGUGCAGACCUACGUGCCCUGGAUCCUGCAGCAGGUCGGGGAGGGGCGCUGAGCGGCCGGGCCGG